AUGGCAAUUUGUGAUAAAAGAUACUCUAUCGGAUUUUUAGUUAAUGACGAAGACCCUAUUCCUACACAAAGACAUCAAGCUAUCCCUAGAAACAAGCCAGCUUCACCAAAGAGAUCUACCAAGUCAAAGGACUCCAAUAGAUUAUGGUCUGAGAAAGACAUUGAGUACCUUCUGAAUAAGAUCACUCCUGACAUCCUGGAAUUUUUGGCUCCCAAUGAGAAGGAAACUCUAUGGCACAAUGUUGCAGACCGUCUAGAUCGUACUGUCAUCGCCAUCCAGAAGAAAUACUACAAACUCAUACAGAGUGGAAUCCUACUUCCAAAGAGCAGCAGAGAGAGUCUCACACAUCUCAACAGAAAAUUGAAAAUAAAGUCAAACAACUACAGAAAGUUGGGAAACAAGCACCAAGCUUCAGUAUUCACUGAAUAUCCAUCAGUGUUACUUUCAAAUCAAGCCUCUACCUUUAACAAUUGUACAAAUACUACCAAUGCUACUCAAAUGAAGCAAAUUUCCCAACCAAUUUAUAUCUCUCAAAGUCAGAAGCAUUUGAAUCAACAAUACCAAGACAAUUUCUACAAUGAAUUGACAGCUGACAUUGAUAACCAAGAGUUACCACAUCCACAAUCUUCAAGAUCAUCAUCACCUUUUUUUGAACAUCUAACUACUUUUCAAUAA